UAGAAUAUAUCUGGUGGUUGCAAGGUAGAAAUCCGUCUUUUUGCGCUUUAAAACUUAAAAGUAAUCGCGUUUGUCGAAAGGACGUAUGCGUCUAUAAAUCCUACUUUCGGUUUUAAAGGCGAUACCGUUUGAAAAAUAAUUAAUUACUUGCUAACUAGGCUAUAUAUUUAAUGACAAUUUUGCACACUUCAAAUUGUAUCUAUAUGUAUUGGUUAACAUGUAUUUCACUUCAAGGUCAGAGGCAAAGUGUGUGGCUUUAACUACGUACUCCAAGCGCAGUACAUAUUAGACCAUUCGUGUAAAGUGUAUUUUAUUUUGACACACGUUUCAUUAAAUUUAACAAAUGAGAAAACAGAACAAGCGUUUUCAAUCAAACGCAAAUAAGCAUGUUAUUUAUUUUUGAUUGCAGAUAAAAAGCCUCCGUAAGUAACUUGUAUAUGCUAUCGAAUAUCCAAAUCUUAAUGUAUUUUUAUAUGUAAUAAUAUGAAUCUAGAUAUGCGUAAACCUAAGAAAUGCAUUACUUAAACUUUAAGAUACAUUAUUUUUAAAAAACGAUCGCAAACGCAACCAGUUUAUGCGCGUCAUGGCAGUAAAUAAUUUAUUUUCCAGACAAAUGAUCCCGUUUCCGAAAAUUCUCGGCACUAUAAAAGAGGAACAGAGCCAGGUGCGUGCAGAGGGUUAUGACGCAACUUUUAAAGUCGAUGAUGAAGAGCCUCAUUCAGCUGGACAAGUCCCCGGCAGAAAAGCGUCUAUGGAUAGAAAUCAGUAUAUCAAAGCCAAAGGUCAUUCAAACGACGAAGCCAAACGUCAUUCAAACGACUAUAAGAAUGCGACCAAGCAAUUGGAUAAACCAAAGAACAAAGCCCCCGGCAGGAGAUCGUAUAACCGCGUGAAUGAAAACACACAGUUAGCACAAAAUACAGAGUUGGAACAUGGGUGUAUCAACAUAACGUUAGCACACACGUCUUCAAAGACCCCUUCAGCAGAAUGGUCUGUGAGUUGCGCACCCAUACAAGAAGAAAAUGAAGAUGAAUUAAAAAAUGGUGCACAAAAAAUCCAGCUGAACAUAUAUAUUGCACCCAAAUAACGCUCGGGAAAACACCAAUUUAGUAGAAGAGAAAGGCGACGAGGAUGUUCUUUUUGUUUUGCAUUAUGAUUAACGCAUUCAUGUGCACUCAUUUGGUAAAUUUUAGAUAAUAGGAAUAUAUUAACAUAAACGUUAGUAAACUUACAGAGAACAUGGCUUUUCAGAACAAGUUAAGCAACACUUCGAAUAAACUUUUGUAAAUGUACAGUAGAUAUUGAGUACAAAUCAAUAUGAAGUCGCAUAAGGCUUGUGUAUAAAUAUAUUUUAUCGAAUGGUAUAACAAAAAGUAUAUAUUGUAUUUAGUAAAUGCAUAUUUUUUAUUUUCGCAAUAGAUUAGAGCAUGAUUACAUGUUAUUGCAAUAGACAAAAAAAUCAGUAAGUAUGAAUGCGAUUUGCUUAUUCAAUUUUGUUAUUUGCUUUGUAUCUUCAAUAAUCCGGCAUUGUAUAGAAACCGAACAUCUGGUCCUUUUCAUUGGUUGUUCUGUAUAAAGGUUUCAGUGUAGUAUGUUCUUAGGUAUUAAAUAUUUGAACAACAUAUUAUUAUUGUGCCAAUAGUUUUCAUAAUGAUUUAUGUAUUCAAUAAAUUGUUUGUACUGUUGAACACGAAGUUAAAUCAAUCUUAUGGCGAGCGCUCAAUACGAUCAUUGAUUUGAUAGACGUGUGUUUGUACUUGAAACCAGCGCUGUCGAAUAAAGUCACUUGUGAUUUGUUGAUUUAAUUUCAUUUGUGUUGAGUGUUUUUUAAUAUUAAGAUGCAAUAUUUGUAUGACAUAUAUCCACACUACCAUGAUUCCGUUUUAACUUUGAACCCGAUCCAAUCACAAUCCUAACAAUUACAUGAGCGCAUCCAUGUUCUUGUGGCCGCCUAAAUGCUAAACAUAUAUGAGUCAACUCCACCAUGGAAAAGAAUUAAUAAAAGCUUUACGCUUGUUUCUAAUCCAUGAAUUUAUACUUUGCAACAAUGUUUUGAAUAGUAUGAUUACGAAAUGAAUAAAUACGUUUAAACUAAAUAUGCAAUAUAUAAAAUAUUAUAUUAUUACAACAUUUAAUUUA